CGGGUAUAUUAUGUAGUUCCACCAAACCACAAUUGCGCACACUUCCACCCUCGCACAUCAAGGCAAACCCCCAACCAACCUCUAAAAGCCUUCAACACAUCGCAGCACAGCACAGCCAUCAUGUCAUCACACCAGGCGCUCCAGGGGCACCUGUGGUGUGGCAUCUUUACUGGAGCAACCACACCACGGCGGAAGAGGAGGAAGGUUGCUCCGGUUACCCCGCGAUUGCCCAUACGUCUGCCAGCCACACUAUUGCAACCCCCACGAUUCGAGCUCCCGCCCUCUGUCCAUCGCCACUUGCCCCAAGCAAUUGCAGACAUGGUUGGCGAGAGCUCCGGCGAUGAAGACGGGCAGCAGCAGCAGCCGCAGCGAGGGCUUUCACCCGCGGACAGGGGUCUGCAGCGCCCACUGAACCUCCCCGCGCCCAUCCCUUUCCGUUUUCCCAGCACACCGGGAUCCCUGGUGUAUGAACCCCUGCCUCCACCCCCGCCUCCACCCCCUGCUCAACGACCCCGCCCGCAGACGCAUGCCUGCACCAAGGUUUCCCUUCAUCGAAUCCAUAAUCAGAAUCAUCAGAAUCAAGUUCAAAGGGAGCGCCUCAGAACAUUCAUCGGCAAUGUUCACAUCCUUGCGCGCCACACCACCUUCUUCCUGAAGUACUACCUUGGUGAGUUUUUGGCGUACACUACACUGUAUAUUUCUUGAAACAAUGUCCUGACUACUACGUCUGCCCACCACAGCUGAUCAUCCUCUGCACGAUUUCCCGGACAUCACGGACAAGCACAUCAGCGUGAUAUUUGAGCUG